AGAUAUGUUUGCCGGGCCGCUCGCGGCCCAACGCAGCCUGUUGGCCAUUGACUUCUUGACAAGAGACGCAACUGUGGAUUGGCUCGAGCACACCGCCAUCGUCGUCGUGAGUUCCACCAUCCACUAAGGGUUCCAUGGCGAACCGCCGCAAUCGUCCUUCGAACGAGGUCUUACUGGGGCAGCUAAAAGAUGGAACCGCCUGCUUCGAGCUCCUCCAGCCGCCGGCUGCUCUGGCUCCCACCGGCGUUCGGUUCUUCGCCAGGAUCGGCUCCUCCUUGAGGGCGGGGGAUUUACCGGCGACGAAGAAGGUGGAGCAUUACACUGUUCAGAAAGUAAAAGGUGACGGCCGCUGCAUGUUCCGUGCACUGGUCAAAGGAAUGGCAAAUAACAAAGGAUUGGUACUUAACCCAAGGCAAGAGACGGAUGAUGCAGAUGACUUACGGAUGGCUGUCAAAGAAGUCAUCUGUGACGGUGAAACUGAGCGACCUCAGUAUGAGGAAGCACUAAUAGCAAUCACCGUGGAUGAGUCUUUGAAACGAUACUGCCAGCGCAUUGAACGAUCUGAUUUUUGGGGAGGCGAGUCAGAAUUGUUGGUGUUGUCAAAAUUGUGCCAGCAGCCGAUCAUCGUCUACAUACCUGAACAUGAACAUACCCAUGGCACAUGGGGCAACGGAUUUAUUCCUAUAACGCAGUACGGAUCAGAGUUUGGCAAGAAGUUGAGAAACGGAAAGCAGAGGGCUCCCGUCAGAUUGUUAUUCAGUGGUAGGAAUCACUAUGAUUUAUUGGUUUGACAGUGCAGAAUUUACUCUUCUUUUCUGGAAACAUGCAAUGCAUUAAGUUAUUUCUUUUUGUUGUUGAUCGAGUUGACAUUUACUGGAGUAAGUAGUAUGGGCCAGUCAGCCCCAAAAUAAUCUGAUCAAAUCCCUGUCGGUAAUGUGAAACGAGCAUGAUGAAUCCGAUAUUACCAGCGUAUAUAUUUAUAAAUA